CUUAACAACUUAUACUGAUUUGAUAAGCAACACUAGCUCCCAAAAAAAAUGAAUCUUACCAAAAACCUUGCUUCAUUUAUAUGUUUCUUUCUUGUAACCCUAGCCCUUUUUCAUAUAUGCCAUGCACAAAAUUCACCACAAGACUAUGUUAAUGCCCACAAUGCUGCUAGGGCUGCCGUGGGUGUUGGAAACAUACAAUGGGAUGAACAAGUGGCAGCCUUCGCCCAACAAUAUGCUAACGAAAGGAAGGCCGAUUGCGCCCUUCGACAUUCCGGUGGUGGUGGGCGCUACGGAGAGAAUCUCGCUGCCAGUACCGGCUCUUCCUUGACUGGCGCGGAGUCAGUGAAGUUGUGGGUUGAUGAGAAGGCUGAUUAUAACUAUGAUUCCAAUAAUUGUGCUUCUGGUAAGGUUUGUGGACAUUAUACUCAAGUGGUUUGGCGUAAUUCAGCUCGUCUUGGAUGUGCUAGGGUUCAAUGUGACAAUGGAGGGGUUUUUGUCACUUGCAACUAUGAUCCACCAGGCAAUUACAUCGGCCAAAAACCUUACUAAGCGUGUCAAAUAAUUAAGAUGGUGACUAUAAUUGGUUAUGUAAACUUUUCAUCGACUUUGUAAUCUAAAUUGUAUGGCUCAGCUCAUUACUAGAGCAUGUCGUAACUGUUAAAUAAAUUUUAUAAUGAUGUACACUCAUAAUAUACCUAAAAAUAAAGUUUAUACAAUAAACUUAACUGAUUUGUUCA